GCCGCCCAUUAAUUUUCCAUCUCCGGCAACUUUUUUCUUCUUCGAUUAUCACUGUUCUCUUCCUUAUUCACCACCGAAUCAAAUUCGUCCUGUUUUCAGCCGCGAUUGAGGGAUGGCGAACGAAGAAAUCUCCGGCGAAAUCCGUCUCGAAGAGGAGGGAGCUUCGAACCUCGCUAAUGGAUGUAGCGACUCCACCAGUAAGAAGAUUGCAGCAGACGAAAUUGGGGAUAAAGUUGAUGACCUAAAUUUGGAUGAGCCCCUAGAAGCUGCAAAGAAGAAGAAGAAGAAGAGUAAAAGCAAGAAGAAGAAAGAACCGCUUCAGCAAACUGAUCCACCGUCUAUUCCUGUAGUUGAGCUUUUUACAUCUGGCGAAUUCCCAGAGGGUGAAAUCCAACAGUAUAAGGAUGAUAACGUGUGGAGAAAUACAUCUGAGGAAAAGAGAGAACUGGAGCGACUGGAGAAACCGAUUUAUAAUUCAGUUCGCCAAGCAGCAGAAGUCCACCGUCAGGUUCGAAAAUACAUGAGGCAAAUCUUGAAGCCCGGAAUGUUGAUGACUGACCUGUGUGAAACCUUGGAGAAUACUGUUCGUAAAUUAAUAUCAGAAAAUGGUUUACAAGCUGGCAUUGCAUUUCCUACAGGUUGCUCAUUGAACUGGGUUGCAGCCCAUUGGACUCCAAAUAGUGGGGAUAAAACUGUGCUUCAGUACGAUGAUGUGAUGAAACUAGACUUUGGGACUCAUAUUGAUGGGCAUAUAGUGGACUGUGCAUUUACUGUGGCCUUCAACCCCAUGUUUAACCCACUCCUUGAGGCCACACGUGAAGCUACUAACACGGGUAUCAAGGAAGCUGGAAUCGAUGUGCGUCUGUGUGAUAUUGGUGCUGCAAUCCAGGAGGUCAUGGAGUCAUAUGAGGUUGAAAUCAAUGGAAAGGUGUUCCAAGUCAAGAGUAUCAGAAAUUUAAACGGGCACAGUAUUGCGCCUUAUCAAAUCCACGCGGGAAAAUCCGUUCCUAUAGUAAAAGGAGGAGAGCAAACAAAAAUGGAAGAGGGUGAAUUUUAUGCAAUCGAGACUUUCGGAUCCACAGGAAAGGGAUAUGUUAGAGAAGACCUCGAAUGCAGCCAUUACAUGAAGAAUUUCGACGUCGGUCACAUUCCUCUGCGGUUGCCCAGAGCCAAACAGCUUUUGGCAACUAUCAAUAAGAACUUCUCUACAUUGGCUUUCUGCAGACGCUAUCUUGACCGCAUCGGAGAAACUAAGUAUUUAAUGGCACUCAAAAAUUUGUGUGAUGCUGGUAUUGUUCAGCCGUACCCUCCUCUUUGUGAUGUUAAAGGAAGCUAUGUAUCGCAAUUCGAGCACACAAUUUUGCUUCGUCCAACGUGCAAGGAAGUUAUUUCGAGAGGUGAUGACUACUAAUGAUAAUUAUCACGAGUCCCAAUUACGGCAGCUCUGGACUAUAAUAAAUAUUUGCACAAUUUUCUGUAUAAUUUAUAUUUGAUUGUUGUAGGAGCAACUUUUAUUGAUUUAUUUUUAAGUGUUUUUUUUUUCUCUUUUUAUCACUACAACUCCACAUGGUUCUUGUAUUUCUUUGCCCUCGAAUUCUUUAGCAAACCAACAUCUCUUCAUCUCUUUCUAGUGUUGUUCUUUCUUGGUGUUUUUUCGGUUGUUCGGUUUUACUAAUUAAUGUGAAGGUUUUGCG